AUGAACAAUCUUCUCACGGAUUCCUUUGAGAGGGAUGAGAAGCCAGAAAGGGAGAGGGACAUUGAGAUGGGGAAUCGAAAUCCCAAGGACAACUCUGAUUAUGGUCUCAAAGACUUCUUUGAACAGGUCAAGGAGAUUGAGCUGCUGUUGGAUAAGAUGUCCAACAUAGUUCACAAGCUUCAGGAAGCUAAUGAGGAAUCGAAGUCAGUCACAAAGGCUUCUGCAAUGAAAGCGAUAAAAGGGCGCAUGGAGAAAGACAUUGAUGAAGUAGGGAAGAUCGCACGCAACGUAAAAGUGAAGUUGGAACAAAUGGACAGAAAUAAUCUUGAGAACAGAAAGAAGCCAGGGUGUGGGAAGGGCACGAGCGUAGACCGAUCAAGGAUGUCGAUGACCAUUGCAUUGAAGAAGAAGCUGAAAGAAAGAAUGAACGAUUUCCAGAAUCUAAGACAAACUAUACAAGAAGAGUACCGAGAAGUUGUAGAGAGGAGGAUCUUCACAGUCACGGGAACAAAGCCUUCUGAGGAGGUGAUUGACCGUCUCAUUGAGACCGGAAGCAGCGAGCAGAUCUUCGAGAGAGCAAUCCAAGGGACAGGUAGAGGACAGAUUCUUGCCACGGUUGAAGAAAUUCAGGAACGGCAUGAUGCAGUCAUGGAGAUAGAAAAAAGGCUCCUUGAACUGCAGCAGAUUUUUGCAGACAUGGCAGCACUCGUUGAUGCACAAGGAGAGGUUCUAGACAACAUAGAGAAUCAGGUUCAAAAUGCUGUAAACCAUGUGGUAACCGGUACUGAAGCGCUACGCGAAGCAAAGAGCUAUCAGAAGAAGUCGAGAAAGUGCAUGAUGAUCGCAAUUAUCAUUCUGCUGGUAAGGACGCACGAAUCCGACUCUGUUUUGGCCUUUGGGGCAAGCUUUCAGGUCAUUGACAGAAAUCUUACCAAGAAGAUGGCGAGGCCACCGCGGAGAUCUGAGGGCGAGAAACAGCAGCGGCGACGGCGGCGCCGCCUCUACAUACUAAGCAAUCACGACGGCAGUUCCGGGGUGAGCAUAUACAAGUUGAACGAGGACGAUUUCGACUCCGACGAUGCCUACUCCGAGGACGCGGACGACGACUCCUGCUCCGUCUGCUCCUCCGAGUCCGAGGGCAGCGUGGAUCAUUUCACCACUCAAGCCCGCUUCGACUCCGAGUACGACGUGGAUUCCAGGGCUCGCCGUCUUCGCCACCGCAGACUCGUGGCCCGCCUGGCCACCAGAGGGUGCCCGGAGUUCGUCGCCGCGGGCACCAAGAUCGUUGGACUGGACAGCGGCUCUCUCUACCGAGCCCCGGCCGUUAACUUCAUCUUCGACGCCAGAACGCGGCUAGCGUCCGCCACCCCGCCUUUGCGUUCACCCAAGAAGUGCGACGCGUUCUGGGCGAUCGGCGGCACCGUCUAUGCCCUGGACACGAGCGCCGACGAACCCAGCUAUGGAAAGGAGCGCUGCGUCUUCGAGAGGCUCGGCCCCGAGCCGCAGCGCCACUACGGGACCUGGCAGUGGGAGGCUCUCCCCCGGCCGCCGUUCAUGCUGGACGACAUCGUCGUGUCCCGCGCCGUGCACCCGGACGGCGCCACGGUCUUCCUGUCCGUGUACAAGACCGGGACUUUCUCCUUCGACGCCGAGCGCCUGGAGUGGGCGCGCCACGAAGACUGGGUCCUGCCGUUCCACGGCGAGGCGUACUACGUCCGCGACCUGGACGCGUGGGUCGGCCUGUGCUCGCGGCACAGGGGGCGACUCGCCGCGUGCCGGGUGGUGGACGACCGCCGUGGCGGGGCGGAGCCGGCCUGCAAGUGCGGGAGGGACCUGCUGUUCAGGCAAAUGUGGAGGAGACACGUGAGCGCCAGCCUCGUCUAUAUGGGCAACGCCAGGUUCUGCCUCCUUGAGACUGUGACGCAGCCGCACCAGGACCGCUCAGAUACCUUCGGUCUCAUGGUGCCCAUGCUGCUUCGCGUAGUAACCUUCCGAAUCCAGUACUCUUGGGACGCUGAGCUUUGCGUAGUAAACAGGAGGGCUAAGGUCUACAAGCUGCCUUGGCAAUCGUCAUCAAAAAACCUCGCGCGUUCUGGAUCUAAUACGAAGUGA